AUGGGAACUUGUUAAUCUUAAAAACAUAUGGGUAAUCCUGUAAAAAAAAAAGAUUAAACAUCAUUUACUUCUUAAUUUACUACAAUUCGAGAAUUGAUUUACUUUUUUGAUUAGAUUAGUUUAGAAAAAUUAAAUUUUCCAGAUUUAUCAGCUUUUUUAUCAAAACAUAUAGACAAAAAUAGAAUUGUAAAUGAAGGUAAAACUUGGGUAGCCAUAAAUGAAGUUAAAACAAUUUUAAAUAAUAAAACUGUUAUUUUAAUAAGGAACUUUAAUCCUGAAACUGAUGCAGCCAUUUAAUUAAUUUAUUUGCUGAAACAAUUAAUAGAAGUUUCUUUUGGAGCUUAAGAACUAUAAAUUAGUUUUAAUGAAAAUGCUGUUGAACUUUUUCAUUAUUAUCAAGCACAACUGGUUCAAGUAAUAUUAUAUUACAAAUUAAUUAGAUCUCAAUUGAAGUAUUAUUAGCUGUUAAUACAUUAAUUAGAAAAUAGGAAUAAUGGUGGAAAGAUAGUUAUUUUAAUUGGCGAAGUAGUUACAUUUAAUCAAUGUUUAAAAUUAAAUAACCUAUAGUAGAAAAGAUUGA